AUGAAGACGAGAUCCAGUGAUGUACAAGGAUCUAACAGAGGGAAGAGGAAAGCUCCAGAGGGAGACGACAAUGACAGAGGAGGGAAGAGACGAUCGGUGCAGAGCGACGAACAGAAAACCGCUCCUCAGGUCAACGAUCAUGGUAGAGGGAAGAAACGAUUGGCACCGAUCAACGAACAGAAGAAGAGGAAGAUACUCAAAGGAAUCCACGGCUGUGUUUCUCCUCAUACUUGCCGUUCGAGCUUCUCCUGGUUUGAGCAGGACAUAUGGACAUACAUAGCAAGGUUUUUGGACGGUAAAUCACUGGUGAUGCUGGGACCAACAAGCAAAUGGUUUAACACGACGGUGAUGGAUGAUUCUAUUUGGAGGUUUGCCUACUUGCGUGAUCUUCAGGUCCCUAAGCCGUGUCUAGUUUCUUCAAGCUGGAACAAGAUCUAUGCUUCUGCUUUUGUCAUGUUAAUACAGUAUGUUUCUUCAUUUUCUGAUCACAAACUCAUUUUAUCUGGUUCUGACACUGAAAUUACAGACUGGAUGCGUAUUGGUGCCUUUACUCUCGACUCUCGAAUGUCUCUCCUGACUGAGAGUUUGAAUGGUCAAUUGAAAGUCCCAAGGGAAGGAAACAUUGAACAAAUGCUGCAAUCCAGUGGUUCAUGUAUCAUAGAAGACAUCAAAAGUGGUAUCUGGAUUGCAGAUUUACAGCUUGUUCGUUGCCCUAUCUGUGACCUCAGUACCUGUGAUGGAACAAUGCAAACACUUGAUAGUAGGCAUAUUGAACUGUUCCUGAAUGAAGGAUACAAAGAUGGAAGCUGGGACUACAAUCUCAUCGGAUCUCAUAAGGUACAGAAAGACACAAAUGCAGCUUGUGGAGCCAUAUUUGAUCUCAAACACCUUAAAGCAUCUUCAGCCUCAGGUAUUCUCCACCUCAAGUCUUGGAUCGGAGAGCCAGAUGAUUCCCAACCCAAAGCAGUUAUCACAACCCACGCAGUAGCUGUCCACACAAGGUUACAGAAAAACGAAGGAAUCCUUGUGAAAUAUCAGACGAUGAAGGCGGGAAUUGACGGUGACGUUGUUGCCAUCAGAAUCUCCCAGCAGCUACUCUGA